AUGGCAGAGCAGGCUGAAGCAGCAGUCAACAAAGGAGAUCACAUAAUGCUCUAUGCAACAAUCAGAACUUUGAGUGAGAGAAAAACCAAUCCCAACAGGCCGCCUCGUUCUGAUGCAUCCAGAUUUGUAAGCAGCCAGGCUGGCAAUAUCGACCUCUGCAUCAAAGAUUACAGUACCCCUGAGAACGUGAUGAAGUAUGAAGCGAACGCUCAAGCCAUGGAGUACAAAGCACCAGUCUACUGUGUGCAGAUGUUGGCUGGCAUUUUCGUGCAUGCCAAGGAAUAUGUUCGGGUGUUGGACUUGGCAUCUGGCCCUGGGCAGGUGGGAGAAGAGCUGUCCAGGCACGGGUUUGAGAACGUUCACGCGCACGACGGCUCGUGCGCCAUGCUUGACGUCUGCCGCAGGAAGAAAGUUUACUCCAAGUUUAUUUGCAGCGUCAUCAAUGACGACACAAGACUUCCGGUUAAAAACGGUUUUUAUGAUGCUGUUGUUACAUCCGGGGCAGUCCUGGAAAACCAUCUUCCCGUGUCAGCACUUGCAGAAAUCAUACGUGUUACUAAAUCAGGAGGGUUUUGUAUAGUAGCAUACAGCGCUGACAUACUAAGCACCAACUACGGCAAGUCUUGGGAGAAGGAAAUACAAAGGUUGGAGGAAGACGGGCUUUGGUCACGGCACUGUAAGGUCCUGAUACCAAACUUCUACAUCAACACACGUGGGGUCGUGGACGUCUUACAGGUGGCUUAG